AUGUUCACCAAAUUAAUAUCAAAAGCAGCAACAGCAAAUACUAGUCAAAAUGUUAUUACACUCAAGCUCUUGAUCGACGCAAAGAAAAAAGAGGUCAUAUUUGCUGAAGCAGGAAAGGAGUUUACAGAUUUCCUAUUCUCUAUUCUACGUGUGCCAAUUGGUACUAUGAUAAGGCUCUUCUUAACCAAUGAUAUUGGUAUGGUGGGUACCUUAGGCAAACUCUAUAAAAGCUUAGAAAAUCUAAGUGAAAAUUACAUGCAGUCUAAUCUCAACAAGGAUACCCUUCUCAAACCCGAGGAUUCAGCCGAAGAUGGCUCUAUGACUCAAGAAAAGCUAUACUAUUGUAGCUCCUGUAGUAAUUAUGGAAGCGAUAUCCAAAGAGCCAAUUGCCCUAAUUGCAGACGUGAGAUGAGCAGGGAGUUAACUUACGUGCAAUCAUCAUCAUCUGGGGCUGACCAGGAAGGUGGUUUCCACUAUAAAAAAUAA